AUGACAUUCUAUGACUUGAAUCGCUUUCACCUCAUUGUCCUGUCAACAUGGCUUGUUGGGGUAUUCUUCGGGGCACAAAUGCUUUUUGCUAUAUUUUCCAACUAUUUGCCAAAGUGGAAGUGCGGUGAUGGGCCACUAACUCGAGAUUGUAAUGUUUACAAAACGUGCAGGGAAAACUUGACCUUUCAUGAUAAUUUCUUUCAAUCUGCAGCUGUUGAAUUUGAUUGGGUCUGCAACGAGAAAACUUAUCUAAUGUCAGCAUUUUCACAGGUUCAAUUUUUUGGGGUUCUCAUUGGAACAUUUCUGUUUGGGACCCUUGCUGACAUAUUUGGUAGGAAACCAGCAGUGUUAUUUACGCUGACUGGGGGAUUUCUCGCCAGUAUCCUUUCAGGAUUUGCCUCAACUUGGCAAGUGUUACACUCCCUUCGCUUUUUCGUCGGUCUUUUUAUUGGGGGUGUCAUCGUCACUCUUAGCACAUAUGUAACGGAGCUAAUACUUCCUCAACAGCGGAUGGUAAUGCGAGGGGUAUUCAACUGGGGAAUAGCACGCAUUAUUCUAACCUCCACAUGCAUGCUUUUUCCUGAGUGGAGAGCUGCCACCAUUGCCUGCGCUGUACUCUUGAUUCCUGGUUUACUUAGCAUUUUUUUUAUCCUUCCUGAAAGUCCAACGUGGUUGCAUAACAAGGACCGACUGGAGCAGAUGCGUGAAGCAGAGCGUUACAUAGCAAGAUUUGCAGGAGUUGAAUAUGUUCUAGUAGAACAUAAGGCUAUCGACCAUGUGAAGACUUUCUGCGAAAUGGUGAAGACACCGGGGCUUUUCCGACGACUUGUUGUUUUGUGGUUGAUGUGGUACGUCGCAUCAUUCUGUGCCUAUGGAAACGACCUCAACUCGAACACCAUCUCAGGCCAUCUCUUCGUUAACCAGUUUCUGUUCGCAAUUUUAAUCACCAUAUCAAAAUGGAUUUUAUUGGCAGUGGACACCUGCUACCCCUCAUUUAGUAGAAGGACUCUUCACCAAGGAGCGCAAGUUGUAGUUUGUGCUUGUUUCUUGGUCCUAAGCAUUCUACUCAUGCAGGAGUAUCAGGGAGUCGGCAUACUCCUUGUAAACUUGAUCGGAUCUGUGUUCAUUGAGUACACAUGGGAUGCGUGCUUUCUUUGCGUGCUUGAGUCUAUAGAGACAUCGUGUCGAGCUAGUGGUGUUGGCAGUUGCUCCUUAAUGGCCAGAGUAGGCGCGCUGUCAGCACCUUUUCUCAUUCACAUGAACAAUUUCUGGCCUCCUUCGGUAUACUUCAGUGUAUUUGCUCUAGGCACUGUUAAUCUUCUCAUUUCAUACAAAUUUCUGAUAGAAAGCAAGGGUGUUGAUCUUGAUAAAGUUACCAUGGGUGAUAUUAGAGAAAGUGGAGAUCGCUCACGGAUGGUUGAACCCGCAGUGGAGAAUUGCAAUGCAUGCAAUAAUGAUAAUGCACAUCACAGCUAA